CCCAGGGGAAGCGAGGCACCUUGGGAGACGUCUGUGAAGUCCUAAUUAAGGAGUCCGUCCCAAAGGCCGACAUUCUCCGCAGUGAGAGACUCCACGCUCACCAUUCCAACACGGAUCCCAUCCGAUAGCAAAUUAAUCCUGGCCUUUCCCAUACAGUAGAGCUCAAUAUAAACCACGUGAGAAUUAAUUCCGAGAGCGACACACUCGGGGCCGAGAGUUGUGUCGGAGCGCAUAGUUGUGUCGGAGCGAUUCGACUGCACAGGCCCGAUACUUACAAUUCUACACCCCGGACUCCCUAGGAACCAUCUCCUGUCAUUCAUGCAUUUAUGGUUCGAAGCGGUUCCGAUGUCCCAAAGCAGACAGGAUCAGGAUGAGGGAGUCUCUGAGGAGAAGCAGCCGCAGGAGCCAGAAGCAUCGGAGAAGGAGUCGGAGACGGAUCCCAAAGAGGCCAGUUCGUCCUCUUUGCUCUUCCCUCAGACCUCAAGCGUGGAGCAGAAGCAGCAGGAGAACUGGCUGUGGGGCUGGCUGCCUCUGCCCCUCCUCUCUGGGCUCACCUGGCUGGGAGACAGGAACAGGGCUACCCAGGAGCCAGUCUGUUGUUGCCUAGAGAGAAGACAAACUUCUGGCAAGAUGUGUCCCGAGUGUGAGAUCGUGUUCUGUAAGAAGUGCGAGAAGUUGCAUUACAGCCGGGCCUUCAUCGAACAUGGACUUCUGGGCCACAACACUGAAAACCUGAUGGGGAUGGUCAGUCCAGUGCUGAGCUCAGGAUCCAUAGACCCACUGGCCAUUGCAGAAGAGACAGAAGAUGAGGAAUGAAGGAGGCCACGUGAAGCCGAGGAAAGGUCUGUAAGAAGAGAGGCCGUCUCCCCUAUCGGCUGCUCCCACAGAGUGGAAGGAUGCCCAUUCACCUGCCUGCUAAAUGUCUUGCCAAACUUUGCACGCUGAUCAUGCUUUUUAGAGGAGGGAGGAACGGUAGGGUGUCUCUGACGGCACUCUGGAAUAAAUAGGCAAAGACUUUGAUUUACUACUUAAGUUGCAUCAAUGCAUUUCACAGAGAGAUUUGAGCCAGCUGGAGAGACAAAGAUUCGUAUUUAAUCAUUUUCCUAUUAAAAAUAUGUAUAUCCUGCCCCUGCAGGGGCCCCUCACAAAAGUAGCAACACAGAUCACACACCAAACACAGCGGAAAAUGGUGAAAAGUGAUAAAAGUUAAGUAAAAAAACAAGCACCAAUUAAAAUGGCACAGAUUAGAAAGAAAGUGGAAGUGAAACCAUUAGAUCCCGCUGGAUACAAGCAAGAGAUUAACAAUAUUAUGUAAAAUAUAAAUGGCCAGUGGCCGC